AUGCCGCUCCACUUCUUUGAUGAAGCCAGCCGUCGCAGCAGGAAUGUGAUCUAUGUCCGCCACGAUCCGAGGGAGAACCUCUCGGAGAACCAAUCUCUGAUUCGUCAGAGAUUCCGGUUCAGCGACGAACAGCUGGACUGGAUCACAGACCUGCUUAGCCCAAUGCUGGGCAACGACGACCAACAACCAUGGGCGAUCAGCAAGAGGAUGCAGGUGUGCAUAGGUAUUCGUUACCUGUGCACUAAUGCAUUCCAAGUGGUCGUCGGCGACACCGCUGGUUGCUCUCCAGAGGAACGGUGUCCAACAUCGUCGAGCGCGUUGUCGAUGCUCUGGUCCAUCCAGACAUCGUACAACGCUUCAUCAAAUUUAAACCUGAGGACGAGCAGUGGUGCACAGCCCGAUCCAACGAAUGUCAUCGGAGCUGUGGAUGGCACUCUGGUCCGGUUAAGGACACCGGCUGUUGACGGGUUUCAGUACGUGAGCAGGAAAGGAACAUCUAGCCUCAACGUCUGCAUCAUUGCAGACGCUGUUGGCCGAAUCCUGUACGUCAACAGCGGGUCCCCAGGAUCGGUGCACGAUUCCCACCUUUGGCGUAACUCCUCACCUGCGGCGUUCUUCAGUAGUGGAGCCGCCGUCCCAGGUUAUCGCCUCCUUGGUGAUAAGGGGUACGCCAAUGGUGCUGGAAUAAUAACACCAUUCCGGCCCACUGCCGUCCAAGGCGAUGUGAGGAGAGCGCGGUAUAACCGCGAACAUCAACGCAUGCGAUCUAUCGUGGAAAUGACCAUCGGUCGCCUCAAAUCGCGGUUCGCCAUCCUCACAUCAGAAAUGAGAGUGGAGCCCCAGAAGGCGUCGAAGAUUGUAGUGGCUUGUGCGGUGCUGCACAAUAUCUCAUUGCGCUUCAACGUGUCGGCUGUGAGACAGCUUGGUAGCAGAAAAGCCACAAUGGCGCACCCACAUCCCAACGUCGACGACGUUCGAUCGUACAUUGUUGAGAGGAUUUAG